GUGCGGGAAAGUGACACUUUCAAAACUAAAAUGCGUGCGGGAAAGUGGGUUAAAACGCACGGUCGUAGAAAAAAUAUUUUUUUCGUGUACCAAAUAAUAUAACAACAAGGAAAAAGUGGUGCAAAGUAAUGAAGCGUGAUUCAAUUGGCCCUAAAAGCACUAAAUAUGUGUGUGAAGAUCAUUUUGAUGUUGAAAAUGAUACUGAAAAUUUAGUUAAACAUCGACUAGUUGGGGAAACAAUGAAGUUAAAAGCCAACAUAUGUCCUCAUAAAUUUGACUGUCAAAAGGUGGUGAAACCUCAAAAAGAACGAGUAGCGUAUGAAAAAAGACGUCGAAUUGAAUUUUAUGAAAAUCUAUUAACAAAAGAAGUACCGUCGACUUCAAGUCAAUCAUCUUCGUUUCAAUCUUUUGAAAUGAUUGUGUGUGAUGAAAUGGAGUUAGAUGAAAUAGAGGAUCCGCUACCAGAGAGCAUUAUUUUUACAGAAUCAGAUAAUCAUCCCAAUAAAAAAAAGAAACAAAAGAGUUCAAGUAAAUAUGAAAACGUCACAGAAAAAUCAAGCAGUGCAAACAAUUACAAGAAGGAACAGUGUGAAAAAUAGAGGAAAUAAAUACUUCCAAAUUGUUUAUGAAUCUCCUCAGCACUCUCCAUCGAGAAUA